UUUUCUUUUUUUGAGAAAACUUAAUCACCAAGUCAGUACUGAAAACCCCCAUUUCAUAUAUAACUUCUCUUUCUUCAGACAGUGUUGAAUAAUCAUAAUUCACAAUGAGCUUCUUGAGGCCAUCUGCCAUGCACAACUUUCUCAUCACUUAUCCUUCAUCCCGAUGGAUGCCUUGUCAGAGUUGGAGUUUCCUUCGAUGGCCCGGUCUCGAAGGCUUCUUCAGAGUUCUUGUGGUUUUUCUUCUUUGGUCCACGUUCUCUCAACUCUGCUUUAUACCUUCUUCUUCUAUGUACCCUACGCUUCGUGUUGGUGAUCGAAUUAUUGUCGAAAAGGCUUCAUAUUACAUCAGGACUCCUGCUAUACGUGAUAUUGUAACAUUUCGAGAUCCAACACAGCAUUCUGGAGAGAACACACAUGUUUUUAUCAAGAGAAUUGUUGCAAAAGAAGGAGACACCGUUGAGGUUCAUCAUGGAGUACUCUAUGUCAAUGGUGUUCCUCAAGAGGAGAAUUUUGUGAUAGAGCCACCGACAUACACAACGAAAUUAACUCAUGUGCCAAAAGGCCAUGUUUAUGUUAUGGGGGAUAAUCGCAACAAUAGCUAUGAUUCACAUGUAUGGGGACCACUUCCUAUGAAAAACAUAGUUGGAAGAUAUGUUAUGUGCUGUCAUAGACCAACAAAUUGAGAUGAGAUAUGGUGGAUGAACCAACCAGAAACAGAAUUCUUUUUUUCUUUGGCUUCCAUGAAGAGUUCCAAGUCAUGUCAUUAUCUGCUAAAUCUUCAUGAGAAUUGGAUUCUUCUCAUAUACUUGCUCAUAGUGAGUACACGAAAAAAAUCCAUGUCAUUUGUUGAGUGAUAAUAUAUAUUAUCAUAUGAAUCUGAGCUUUUUUUGUAUUUGUUCCUAUAUGUUGUUUAAGCUGUGGUCAAAGAUAUGUGUGAGACAUAUCUUGUGGACAUUUUUUUUUAA